UGUUGUUUUCUAAAUUAGUAAGAGUCACGAUAUAAAUCUCGAACGGGAAAAAGACAGGUUAAAAGCGCAGCAGGAUACGAAAAAAAUUCUGACUUUCAAUCACUUCUGUAACGUGACAACUCACAAAGAAAACUGAUGUUUAUACUUAGCUUAUUUCAUUACACGUGGUAAGGCAAAUUUCCGGCUGCGGACAGCGUGUCUGGGAAAGCGAAAGUUCUGGCGUUCAGGUGAGGCACGGAGACUGCAAGUUUUCCCAAUGAAGCAAAUCGAUAGCGAACACUGUGAUGCAGACAGUGGAAUGGCACCAACAACCCCGUGUUAUCCAAGAAUCCCAAGGAAAAAAACUCAGGAACAACAAGCUGUGGUGGACGAGAUACUUCAAGUGGUUGCUGAUCAAGGAAGGCGCUUUUCGCUUUCGCAAACGGACUACAGCGUUCAAAAGAGAAUCGAAUGUGGCCUAAGGAGGAAAAAAAGACUAACAAGCGACGCGUCUAGUUUUGAUGAUUCCAGUUCAUGUGCAAGCGGCUCCGACCUUUCUACUUCGCCACCACCAACACGGCAUAGCAGUAUCAGUAUCAAUUCAAGUUUUUCAGAUGAUGGCAAGAUGUUCGAAUAUAGCAGUAGACCGCAAACUCUUCCGCCGCUCCACCGAAAUAGAAGCCACAGGCCGGCUCGACCGACGCCUCCUAAAAUUGACUUUGACGAGGAGCGAGAAAUAAGUCGCUCUGGCACCUUGUCGAGACCUAUGUCCGCGCGGGGACAACGAUCACGCCCACAGAGAGGUUUCACGUUAUAAUUCCAGAGAACGCAAAACAUUGAGAGAGAUCGCCAUGAAUUUAUUACUUCAGUGAGGACGUUAAAUCCCACCCAUGGAGGAAGUGUUCUGGCUUGGAUUUUAGUAGUGUAGAGUUUUGAAAAAGAAAACAAUUCAUGCGUAUAGUGCACAACGAGGGCCAACAUUAGGAUGUCAACAUAUAAACUCUAAGUUCAACUGCCAGAGUAGAAGGCUUAUGACAGGUGCCGGAGGCCGAGCAAAAAGAAAUUAGUUAAGCUGUUGCUAGUUUAAGGAGAAAAAAGGGCCCUGAAGGAAACGAUCAAACAUACUUGAAGUCUGAUUCGCUGAAGAUUACAUUAAUGAUUCCAUACACCAUGUGCAGCAAAUUUAUUUUCAAAAAAUCGACGCCAAAACAUGCCGAAUACAAGAGGGAUCAUUAGCCACAACAGAACUUUUCAAGUGUUAUCAGCUACACGUAAACAAUUGCAUUUUUCGAGAACAAUCUAGGAGGUAAGAAGGUUGUCUCUUUGCAAAAUUCAUCAUGAAAACUGUUAGAAAAGAAAAAUAGUGACAUGGAAACUGAACAGUAUUCUCUAUCGUCAAAAAUAUCAUUGAGCGGUUGUAGAUUACUUAUAGCAUGGCGUGUAGCAGCCUCAUUUAAAGUCAAAACAACGGACGGUCUGAAAUGAAUCGUUGCAAAGACUAUUCCUUUGUUUCAUUCUAUAAAACCUACAAAUCAAAAUCAAUUUUUAAUAGCAGCACAUAGCGACUCAUUUCUUCUCCCUAAGUUUUUAAAAAGCGAUAUUUGUUCAAUAAAAAUAAAAAUAUAAAAUGCUAAUUUACCUAUAUAUUCUCGGAACAUUUGAUCAAUAAUUCUACAAUGUAAAGAGAUGAUCGUCUUUCAGGUGAAGAUCGACCGGAAAGGAAGAUUCAGAAACAAAUUUGUAAAAAGGCAAAAUAUAGGUUUUGGUUAGAGUAAAUAUGGAGUAAGAAUAAAAUAUGUAGUACACAAUUACACCCGCGGUGUUGUCUGAAUUACAAACUGAUGCGAUUUGAAUAUGCUAAAUAUUUGUCUGGCGAAUUAUGAGAAUGCGUGUUCUCAUACGUGUGACGGUAAUGUAAAAAAAAAAAAACAAGGAAUACAGAACACAGGUGUUAAAAGUAAUUUUCACAUUUA